GACAAAUAGAUUGCAAUUAAUUAAGGCAUUGAAGAACCCGGAACAGUCGGAUCCUUUCCGACCCGAACUCCCCAAUUUCCGCCCCUUUUCCCUGUUUAGCUGAAACCCUAAUCAAACAUAUCGCUUUUUUGGGUAAAAUUGAUACAAAUAGGCACAAGAAAAAUGACUGUUUCGCUUUCGAAAAUCGGCAAUGUGUUACCCUUUUCAAGGCUCUUCAGGCAACUGGAGCUGGAUAUGGAAACUGUAGUUAAGGUACUACAACCUGGUCCACUGGGCAUUGUGGAACACAAAUUUUCUGCUGAGGAAAUACAGAAAGCCAGUGAUACUGUUAAGCAGGCAGUGAGUAAUUGGCGAAGGCAGGCUGACAUUGAGAAACAUAGCCCCAUCAUGAAAGAUUUUAUCGAUGUAUGAGAGAAUUGUUUCUUCAUUUUGUUUCAAUAAUCUGAUGAAAAGACAAUAAUGUAAAUUUGUAAGCUCAAUAAAAAUAAACUAUAGUUAUGUUUAUGACUAAAGCUACAGUUCUGUUUGCCGAUCCA